GCCGAGAACCGCCAGAGCCAAUAGGAAAGAGGAAUGGCUAAGCGCUUCCGGAGUUGGAGGGUCGGCAAAAGAUGGCGGCCGCCACAGGGAGCUGGUGCCUGCGCGAUUUACUAAGGUUUUUUUAUUCAUUAUUAUUUCCUGGGCUAAUUAUAUGUGGAGUUUUAUGUGUGUGUUUGGUCAUUGCCCUUUGGGGAAUUAGAAUACACAUGCAGAGAAAGAAGAAGCCAAUGUCAAUAUGCAAAAAUGGGAAAAAUCAAAUGGUGAUUGCAUUUUUCCAUCCAUACUGCAAUGCCGGCGGUGGCGGAGAGAGGGUUUUAUGGUGUGCCUUGAGAGCCCUGCAGAAAAAGUAUCCGGAAGCAGUUUACGUUGUUUACACUGGGGAUGCUAAUGUGAGUGGUCAGCAGAUACUAGAAAAUGCUUUCAGAAGAUUUAACAUCAGAUUAACUCACCCAGUGCAGUUUGUUUUCUUAAAGAAACGCUACCUUGUGGAAGACUCCCGCUAUCCUCACUUCACACUGCUGGGCCAAAGCCUGGGAUCCGUUUUUCUUGGCUGGGAAGCUCUGCUGCAGUGUGUUCCUGACGUUUACAUCGACUCAAUGGGCUAUGCUUUCACCCUUCCGCUGUUCAAGUACCUAGGGGGGUGCCGCGUUGGAAGCUACGUGCAUUAUCCCACCAUCAGCACCGACAUGCUCUCUGUAGUGAAGAAUCAACAUGCCAGCUUUAACAAUGCAGCCUUCAUUACCAAGAACCCUUGCCUCAGCAAAGCAAAGCUCGUCUACUACUACUUGUUUGCUUGCAUUUAUGGCCUGGUGGGCUCUUGCAGCGAUGUAGUCAUGGUGAAUUCUUCUUGGACGCUAAACCAUAUUCUGUCGCUGUGGAAGGUUGGGCAUUGCACUAACAUUGUUUAUCCGCCCUGUGAUGUUCAGACAUUUCUGGACAUUCCAUUACAUGAGAAAAAGACCCCGGGACAUUUGCUAGUUUCCAUUGGCCAGUUCAGGCCUGAAAAGAAUCAUGCCUUACAAAUCAGAGCGUUUGCUAACUUGCUAAAUAAGAAGGUAACCGAGUCAGCCCCUUCACUUAAGCUCGUCCUCAUUGGAGGUUGUCGGAACAAAGAUGAUGAACUUAGGGUAAACCAACUGAGAAAGCUGGCUGAGGAUUUAGGAGUUCAGGACGCUGUGGAGUUUAAAAUAAACAUUUCAUUUGAUGAGUUAAAGAAUUACUUGUCUGAAGCAACAAUUGGCCUACACACCAUGUGGAAUGAGCAUUUUGGGAUUGGAGUGGUGGAAUGCAUGGCAGCGGGCACAGUUAUCCUGGCACACGAUUCUGGAGGCCCGAAGCUUGACAUCGUGGUUCCCCAUGAAGGAGGCAGGACGGGGUUUCUGGCUGAGAGUGAGGAAGAGUACGCCGAGGCCAUGGCUCACAUUCUGUCACUGACUGCAGGAGAGAGGCUCCAGGUCAGGAGGAACGCCAGGGCGUCUGUGAGCAGGUUCUCUGACCAGGAGUUUGAAGUGACUUUUCUGUUGUCCGUCGAGAAGUUAUUUAAAUGAUGCCGUGUCUGUUCACCUGCACGCUACUCUGUUAAAGAUGGCUGGGCUGAGGAAGAAAGUCAGUGGUAGAGCAUGUUCUUAGUGUGUGCAGUGCUCCGGGUCCAUCCCCAGCCCCCACACUGAAAAUGAGAUGCUUCAUUCUGAAAUACUUUUAUAUGUAAAUAUUCUAAAUGCAUUCCUUGGUGUAAUAAAGUCAGCCUGAGCAGUGCUCUCAGCAGUAUGUACAUAGACAAAGUAUUUAUUUAAAUGAAAACAGUCAGAUUUACCUGUGUGGGAAAGGUAAUCUCAUAUAACUUAAUGUACUAAUUUUUAAUUAGCAUUUAGUCUCAAAUACUGAAAAAUGCAGAUCUGAAAGAUAAAAAUUAACCGUCCUUAAAUUUUGGUAUAAUCCAUAUUGUUAUAAAUCCUACUUUUCUAA